CUCUAGAAGGCUUGGAAGAGUGAAUGUGACCUUCAGUCCGCGAAUCUGGCAUCGACCUUACAAAACUAGUUGCAAUCGUACGGGGACUCCGAUGCUUCACACGUGGCGGUGACCACUCACCCCGCCGGGGUACCUUCCGAAACGCUUACCGCCAAGUCGUUGUUUGUUGUUUGUAAGACAGAACGAACGCCCGAUGACUUGGCAGGGUCUCCAUGCCCUCGUAUCAGAUCGAUCUGUUAUCUUAUAAGAUCCUCGACAAACCUCACUACUACGCUGACACCCAUCACACCAAAACCAAGUUGCCAUAUUUCUGGAACUUGCACCUCUCCCUGCCGUCAUGGCGUCGCCAAACGUGAACGCAAUGGAGAAGACAGCGGGUCUCGGCAUGGCUGAGCGUGACUUCCACGACCACAACACUGUCAACGACAAGGACCAAGCAGUUGCGAUGAGCGUUAAUGAGACGGACUCAACGCUCGCCCGCAAGCUAGGCGAUGCUGAAUCCGUUGACGCUGAGCAGCCUGCUGGACUGCAGAAGAUGGAGGCCAUCACUUUGGUCUGGACGAAGAAGUGGCUCAUGACUGCCUACUUUUUGAUCUGGCUCAUCUCCUUCGUCAACUCCCUCCAGCAGCAAUCAAACUGGUCUUGGACGCCGUAUGUCACCAGCGAGUUCUCUCUCCAUGGCCUCACAGCCAUCACUGGUGUCGUCGCCAAUCUGAUCGGCGGUGUGUCCAAGUUGCCACUGGCCAAGUUCAUCGAUCUUGUUGGACGACCACAGGGAUUCGCGAUAUGUCUAGUUUGCGUUGUGCUAUCUCUCAUGCUCAUGGGCGUCUGCCAGAACGUUCAAACAUAUGCCGCAGCGCAGGUCUUCUACUGGUCCGGCAUGAACGGCAUCGACUAUGUCCUCACGAUCUUCAUUGCUGACACGUCUCUACUGAGGAACCGCCUCAUCUGGUUCGCAUUCACUGGUACGCCGUACAUCUGCAACACCUUCGCUGGUCCCGAGCUGGGCCAGCGCUUCCUCGAUGACAGUACUUGGCGCUGGGGCUAUGGUGCAUUCGCCAUUAUCACCCCGUUCAUAUGCAUCCCGUUCUGGGUCGUCUUCUUCAUGAUGAACAGGCGUGCGAAGCAAAGGGGUAUGAUUGCAAGGGAGAAGAGUGGCAGGACACUAUUGCAGUCCAUUCAGCACUGGUGUGUCGAGUUCGACGUGAUUGGCCUGUUGCUCGUUUGUGGAGGCUUCUCCCUCUUCCUCUUGCCAUUCAGUCUCGCAGCGUACCAAAAACAGGGAUGGGCAUCGCCAAUGAUCAUCUGUAUGAUUGUCUUCGGCUUCCUCAUGAUUGUUCUGUUCGGCGUAUGGGAGCGUUUCUUCGCCCCGAAGACAUUCUUCCCGUACCACCUCAUGAAGGAUCGCUCCGUCGUUGCGGCGUGCCUGCUUGGCUGCAAUACCUGGAUCGCGUUCUAUUCAUACAAAAUGUACUACGCGUCCUAUCUACAAGUUGUCUUCCAACUUUCCGUCGCAAAAGCGGGAUAUAUCACCAACAUCUUCAACAUCGUGUCCUGCACCUGGGCUGUCAUCAUCUCUUUCGCCUUCAAGUACAGUGACACGUACAAAUGGGGCGCUUUGAUUGCCAUGCCCAUCCAGAUCCUCAUGACAGGCCUGUUGAUUCAUUUCCGUGCGCCCGGAACCUCGAUUGGACUUCUCGUCAUGGUCGAAGUUUUUGCUGCCAUGUGCGGUGCCAUGUUGGUGCAGGUCGAGCAGGUCGCAGUCAUGGCGGCUGUACCUCACGAGCACUUGGCAACUGGUCUUGCGCUUCUCGCUAUGAUCACAUCUGUGGGUGGGUCUAUUGGCCAAACCAUCUCCGGAGCUCUUUGGACGCAGAUCGUACCCAGGAAGAUUGCGGAGUAUCUGCCAGAGGAGUCCAAGGGCCAGGCGGCAACCAUCUACGCUAGUCUUGUCACGCAGUUGGCGCUUCCGUGGGACUCACCCGAGAGACAGGCUGUAGUCAGGGCGUAUAGCGACGCGCAGAGGGUCAUGGUCAUUGUGGGAACUUGUGCGCUUGUGCCGUGUCUGAUCUGGGUCGCGAUGUUGAAAAACUACCGCAUGUCGGAGCACAAGGAGAGGAAGGGAUUGCAGCUCUGAGUAAGGUGUGGGUUGAGUGGGUUAUGUUUGUAGGCUGGGUCGACGAGAGUCGUACGAAAAGUAUGGGGGCAAAUGUUUAAUGGUAAUUAACUAAUUUCUGGGAAUUUGGUCCCAUUCAAUACCUUUGUGAUUCAGAG